AAACAUACCAGAGAUGAAAUGCUAACAACACCCAGUCACUCCCUGCCUCUUUCUCUUUUUCUCACUCACAGUAUUGCCCUUCAUUUGGCUCACUGUCAUUGCAGCUUUCAUUAGGACGUCUGCAAGUUGAUUGGCAUUUGGCUCAGCACAAGUUAAUCUGACAUCUCUCUCUGGAGAUUCUUCUUCCACCAGUCUUUCCCCUGAGAAGAGCAAAGUACAAUUUGGUGGCUGUCAGCAAGUAAAGAUGUCUCUCCAGCUGUUACUGCUGUUAUGUCUUUCAGUUGUCCAUUUGUGCAUGGGCGACCAGCCUGUGGAGGAAGUCAUCAUAAAAAAGGAGAGACUUCCUCUCUUGGGUGGCUGGAAUGAGAUGAAUCCAGAUUCAGCUGACGUUCAGGAAGCAGCUCAAUAUGCCGUGACAAUGUUCAACAAUAAGUGCAAGAGCAAGAGAUUGUUCAAACUGCUUAACAUCACUGCUGCUCACAAUCAGGUGACCAACGUGAUCAACUAUAAGAUUGAUGCAGUCCUGGGUAAAACCAAGUGUCUCAAGUCUGAAAACCAUGAUUUGAAAAGCUGCAGUCUUGGGAAAAGGAAUCUGAAGUGCCAGUUUAAGGUGGCUCUAGAGCUCCGCAACCAAACUCAUCACCUGGACACACAAAAGUGCUGGAAAUUUGAGGAGAAAGUUUAACUCCUUAAGGUUGACUUUUUUGUAUUGUUGUUGUUGUGCUGGUGUGGAGAUCAUUUGUAUGGCUUGGAGCUGUGGUGUAUUGUACACGUUAUGUUUUUCACUCAUUUAUUUAAUGUCAUUUUUAUUAUUUUAUAGCUUUAUACACCAUCUGUUCAAAGACAGUGCUUGACACCAUUGCUUAAAAUUUUUAAAAACCUGACUUUAGCUAACUUAAGAGAUGUUAGCAUUAACUAACUAAUCACAAUAAAGAAUGCUACAGCAUUUUUACGCCGGAUGCCCUUCCUGACGUAACCCUCUCUAUUUAGACAAGCUUGGGACUGGCACAGAAGUCACUGGCGUGAAAACCCCCUGUGGCUAGAUACACACUCUUUGUAAAUAGUGUAAAAGCAAUGAUCAGAAAUGACUCACUGAGUCCUUUGAAGCACAAACAUAUUCUCAAAAUUAAAAUCUUUAAAUCCUCUAUAAUAAGUCCUAUGCUUUCUCUUCUAAACACCAUAGUCUGGUGGUUUCAGCUCCUGGUCAACAUCACAUGGAAACUGUCCUUCAAUGAAACAACCAAUUUAUUCUCAUUUAGUCAUUCAUCCUGUCAGAGGAAAAUUAAACUUGGUGCUGGGAAAUACAAGACUUUCUCGUGGGCUGGCAAGUGAGUUUAGUCUUUGCCACUAAACUGCCCAAGCAGCACUGCUCCACACUGUGCCAUUGGGACUGACAUGACUGGGAUGACGUGGCUGUUUUCCACAUGUAAGCAGAGUCAAUGUUUUUAUGGCUGCUCUGGGGGAGUAGUCAAGAUGUCAUUGGAAUAACUUUAGAUGUUAUUUUUCCAAAGUCCAGUCGGACAAUUUGGCAUCUUUGGAUCAAAAUAAGUUGAUAAAGACCAAUAGUUAAACUUUUUAGUUUAGUUAUGAUGUUGUUUUUGUGUAUUUUAACAUCAACUUCCCAGGGACUACAGAUGAAAAUGAAUCUGUUUGAUAAAAUUUGACACAUUUACAAUCAAUGUGAUAAAUAAAUAAAUAUGAAUAUGAUUCAAAUCAGCUUCCUUUGCAAACAGUAUAGGUAAAAUUACAUACAUUGCCUAAUAUCAAUACUAAAUAUGCAACAAAUCCUGAAAUAUAGUCUUUUAUACUCCUGGUAUUUAAUGUGUAAAAUCAGUGAAGUUCCCCUUUAACAAAGACUUAUUUUCACAUGACCCUUGAAGUAAACAGAGUAAAAAUUGUAUGAGUCAAGGUGACUCUGUGACAUCACACUCCAAACAAUUUAAAUAAAAUAAAUGCCAUAGUCAUAAUCGAUAGCAUCUUACAUCAAAAUUCCAGCAACACACUCCAGCCUCCACGGACAGAAAGCACAACACAGACGUGACCCUUCUGGUCCUGCAGCUUAUAUUUAUUCAUCAACACAUAAUGCACCUUUACAAAUAUUUACAAAAGCAUCAUAACAGUUUAUCUUUCACUUAUUUUACAGUUUCAAACUAAAUAUAAAAAACUGAAGAAUUGAAUUUUUAAUGUAAGACUUGUUAAUGUAUGCUGUUAGUUUUUUUUUUUUGUUAAAGAUGUUGUGCAGAGUUCUCCAAGGCUCCUUACCACUGAUCUUUUAUCCUUUAAGUGGC